AUGGUGGUGAAGCUUCAAUCAUUACAACAGGGCUUUGAGAACCUUUGCAUCAUAGGCAAUGAGGGUAUUCUGGAUUAUGUGACUCAUGUCGGAGAGUUGGUGAAUCAAAUGAGGGUGUUCAGUGAUAUUGUUUCUGAAGCUAUGAUGGUUGGGAAAGUUCUAAGAAGUAUGGGAGCUAGAUACAAUCACAUAGUUAUUGUAAUUGAGGAUUCGAGGGACAUCACCAAGCUCACAUUAGAUGAGCUCACAGGGUCGCUGUCUUCUUACAAAGCAUGCUUGAUUAGCCAGUCUAAUCAAGGGGAUGAAAAGGUCCUUCAUGUAAUAAAUGAACUAUCUUUAUUGAAGGAAGUGGACAGGAAUCCAUCUAGAGGUCGAGGAAAAGGUUAG